CACUUGAACAGCUGUGAGCGAUCGACGUUGGUCGGGAAGCAAAUACACAUACGCACACAGUUACUCCACACGAACACGCAUAUACUUAUAUAUAUAUACAAAUAUUCGUUUGUAGAUAUAUGCAUAAUAACGUACAUCGCAGUAUAUGGGGGCUGCAUAAGAAACAAGUACAACAAAAUCACAAAUAUACAACAAAAUAAAAACGUAAAAUCUUUUGCGUAGUUUAUUCGCUCGCGUCGUUCGUUUCGUUUCUUCGUUUCUUCACUUACUUCACUCCAGUCGAGUCCAUUUCAAUUCAAAACCAACUCGUAUCUCAUCGCUUCGUUUUUUGUUGCGCUGCGCUGCUUUGCGUUGCGUUUGCGUUGCCGAGAGUUUCGUCGCUUCUUCAGUUCAGUUCGAUUUGAUUCGAUGUUUAGUUUAGAUUGACCAGGACAGGAAGAAAUUCCCUGGUCUCUCGCGGCUCCUUAAAGCUUUAUGUAGCCCGAACUAGAACACCAACUAACUAAUGAACAAAUGAAGUCUAGUAACAAAACGGAACAGAAACCUGUGUGCAUAAAUUGAGUUGUGAUUAUAACUAAGCCCGAUCCCAUUCGAUCCGAUCUGAUCCCUCUUAUUGUCAAGUGAUAACAGUCGGAACCACCUGGAUUUGAUUUCAAACAAAAACAUUAUCAAAAUAUUUGAUGUUUCACAUUCAACACGUAAAAUAAACAAACACAACAAAAAGCGCGAGUGCAGCAGUAUUAGUUGGUGCCCACACACAAACGUAGCCACAUAAAUACAGCAUAUAUCGUUACAUACGUGUGUAAACUCUCUGCACAUAAAUACGAGCCAAUCUAUUUAAUUCAGUUUCAGUGCAUUUAUAAAUUAAUAAAAUUUACCCAGCGCGAGUGUAAGUGAGAGAUACGUAUACCAUUGCAAGCUCAUUACACGGACGCAGCGAACGUGAGUCUUGGAAUAUUGCAAACACAAAACACACAAUACAACACAACACACAACAAAAAAUAAAUAAAUAACGAGGAACCAGUUUCACCUUGAGGAGCAAUACCUAGUGCACACUCACACACGUGUGCGGUAUAGGUGCAGUGGUGUGCGAGUGCGAGUAUUUCGCUAAAUAAAACAGCCCGAUCAGACUGAGACUACGAAUACAUAGUGCAUACAUAUAUAAUACCCAUAGUACAUAACACAUAAUAAUCCGUGAUAAAGCCCUGGAGAAACCGAACCUUCUGCCUUAUCGGAAACCUCAACCCCACUGCCACUGUUCCUGCGACUAUGUUUAAGCGGGAAUCGGGACAACUGCCCUGGGACACAGAUACGGAUUCCAAUACCGAUACGGAAAUUGAGAUGCAGGCGUAGAUGCAGAUACCCCAAUUAUACUGAAAGUGGAAAGAUGAUAGCUAAGCCCAAUCAGGCCACCAUUGAACCACCAUUGAGCUUUAACCCCGGAACAGUGCCAACGGUUCCAGCAACCACCCCAGCGAAUUCAGCGAAUAUCCAGCGAAGGAAUCCAGCCCCAAAACCGGAGUCACUACCACUACCACUUCCCCGCACUCCGCCAUCGCCAUCGCCUUCGCGAACCCCCAAAGCACAAAAAACACAAAGCCAACCAGCUAUUACUCAUCCAGCGGCUGUGGCUUCGCCUUCCGCGCCUGUUGCUGCAGCUGCACCGAGAACCCCGAAUCCCCUCGCCCACGCCCACGUCCUCACCCUGAACCACCCAGCUGCUCACCGCGUUACCCCCGUACCCAAGAUGGACGACGAAAGAUCUCCGAGCCAGAGCGGCCAUGAAAUGACACUGAGCAUGAACGGCAUCGAUUCCAGCCUGGUGUUCGGGUCUGCAAGGGUUCCUGUCAACUCCAGCACCCCGUAUUCGGAUGCAACUCGAACCAAGAAGCAUUCUCCCGGCCAUAUUAAGAGACCUAUGAACGCCUUCAUGGUGUGGAGUCAGAUGGAACGUCGAAAGAUCUGCGAACGGACACCGGACCUGCACAACGCCGAGAUAUCCAAGGAGCUGGGCCGCCGGUGGCAGCUCCUCAGCAAGGACGAUAAACAACCAUACAUCAUCGAGGCUGAGAAGCUCCGGAAGAUGCACAUGAUUGAAUAUCCCAACUACAAGUAUAGACCCCAGAAGAAGCAGACGCGCUCCCCAGGAUCGCUCAAGCAGAAUCAGGACGCAGACAGCUGCGAAGCUAAAAAUGACACACCCAAAUACACACUGUCCACUCUUGCAAUUAAUGGAACCACCACUGCCGUUCGGAAAAGCAAAAGAUCUACCUCUACAUGUCAAACUGGUUCCCCUUCGAAACGAGUAAGGAACGAUUCGGGUGAUAACUCAAAGUCUAAAUACGAAGUUAAGGUGGAGUCUGCAGAGCAGCAUAGCACCGUGGAUAUUAUACUACCCUCAGCAGAUAAUCUAUUAAGCUACCAAUCAUCUGAAUACUUACCUCUAAGCACGAAUAGCAAUGCCGAUUGCGAUGAAAAGCUACACUCAGACCUUAGCUCGGGUCCUUUGGAGUCGCGGGAGAAUUUGUCCGAUGUGGUCCACCGGUAUCUGCCGCUUUUCCUAAACAGCAACGAGGACACGCAGCUGGAUGUUAAUUCCUCGGCACAGAGCCACAACCAGUCGGAUCCCACAGCUGGAUUGAUAGACAACAUCUCUGACAUCAGCCCCAUCAAUGACCGUGAGGAACUGCCAACAGAGGUAUUGCGGUAUCUACCGUAUAUGGUAGUAGACCCAUCGAGUGAUGGGCACACCCUCAAGGGGGAGUCUAGCCUGCUGGACAACCCCCUCAACGAGCCCGUGUUCGACUCCGAGGACAACAUUGUGAACGAUGCUAACUUGCACUCGGCCAGCCAUCAAAUACCUCCCUAUGUGCCUGAAACCCACGACUGUUUUGCGGAGGACUGUGUCGGGGAGAACUCCUCGCACCAAGUGGAGUUCGAGGUACGGCCGCAGACGGUGACCAUGACGAUGACCUGCACCCUGCCUUAUGGCGGGCCCGAUGGUGGGCACACAUUCCAGAACGAUGACUUCAACCCGAUCCCGUCGGCAGCCGAGGACAGCGACUGCAGCAUUCUGACCACCUCUAACUCGCCGCAGAUUGGCUUCAACGGGAGCAGCUUCGUGGAGGCGGACGCCAUCGGUGGCACGUGUACAUACACCCAACAAGACUACACCGGAAAUGUAAUUGAAACACACAAUGAUCUCAACUACGCCGCACAUGAUAACAACGGAGCUCUGCUAGCUUACACAUUUGAGGACUUGCCGCCUCAGCCAACCGGUAGUCAUUUAGAAUUUAACACUAACAAGUACGAGUUUGCAAGUUAUUAUAAAAUGUGAAAGAUAUUUAAGUCUUGUGUAAUUUAUAACUAAUCUAAUUUUACGUUUAUAAUUUUACACCAAAUUAUAUAUAUAAAUAUAUGUAUACAGAUAAAUACUA